GACAUGGAACCCGAAAACCAAACAGCUAUCUCAGAAUUCCUUCUUCUUGGGCUGAUGGAGAAUCCAGGAAUUCAACCUUUCCUCUUUUGCAUGUUCCUGUCCAUGUACCUGGUCACCGUCCUGGGAAACCUGCUCAUCAUCCUGGCCAUCAUCUCGGACUCCCACCUGCACACCCCCAUGUACUUCUUCCUCUCCAACCUGUCCUUGGCGGACAUCUGCUUAAGCACCACCACGAUCCCAAAGAUGCUGGUGAACAUCCAGACACAGAGUCAGAGCAUCACCUACAUGGGCUGCCUCGCCCAGGUCUGCUUUGUCUUCAUUUUUGGUGGCUUGGAAAAUUCUCUUCUUGCAGUGAUGGCCUAUGACCGCUAUGUGGCCAUCUGUCACCCUCUCAGGUACCUGGUCAUCAUGAACCCCUUCCGCUGUGUCCUGCUGGUUCUAGUCUCUCUGCUGAGCAGCACUACAGACGCCCUGCUCCACACUCUGAUGUUGUUGCGACUGUCCUUCUGCACAGACCGGGAGAUCCCACACUUCUUCUGUGAACUGGCCCAGGUCUUGAAGGUUGCCUGUUCGAAUACGCUCCUGAAUAACAUCUUGCUAUAUUCAGUGUCUGGCUUAUAUGGUGGUGUGACGCUAUCUGGGAUUAUUUUCUCUUAUAUUCAGAUAGUCUCCUCUGUUUUGAGAAUACCAUCAGCAGGGGGGAAGUACAAAGCCAUUUCCACCUCUUUCUCCACCUGCGGGUCUCACCUCUCAGUGGUGUCCUUGUUCUAUGGUGCAGCUUUUGGGGUGUACAUCAGUUCCUCAGUUGUUGACUCUCCAAGGAAGACGGCAGUGGCUUCAGUGAUGUAUACUGUGGUCCCUCAAAUGAUGAACCCCUUUAUUUACAGCCUAAGGAACAAGGACAUGAAGGGAGCCUUGAGGAAACUCAACGGUAAGAAAGUUUCUCUUGCAUGA